GAGACAAGUGCAAGCUUAAGAUGACGGAGGAAGAGAAGGCCGAAGCUAUUCGUCAACGCGACGUCGUGCGAGCCCGAGCUGCUUCAGGAGGAGCUGGAACACCAGGCCCGUGCAGUGCCGGCGACAACUGCGUGGCCAAGGAAGGUUCGCAGGCGAUCGUCACAAAAUGCCCUCACGGUAAUGGGAGGCACUUCGCGUGCGCCCGCGUGGCUUGCUCCCCUGACUGCGGCGAAGGUGGCGCCCCAUCCAAUACUCCAUCGCCGAAAAGGCGCAGUCCGCGCAAGCACGAGGCUACGCGGAGGAGGUGAGUACACUUGGUGUCAUUUGGUUGUGGCCCGUAGCCUUUUUCUCCGUCGACGACGCUGUAUAUUAUCCACGCAGCCACUGCAAUCGUAAUGAAUGUUGUUCCGAUUCGAGAGCUGGUGGUACGUUGCGAAAUACCCGCGGUUAGACUCAACACCCGCGUCUUUCUGACGCAUGCCCUGCGUUGUCGUGAUGGUGCGUGUCCAGUGACGAACGUGAAGAGGCGACGACGAAUGGGGCUCUGGCGACGGUGGAUGGCAACACGUUAAUGAAGAUAGCUGCUGCGGUGGGCACCGCUAUGUCGCAGGGCAACGCCAAUCAAGCGCGUGUUUCCGACCAGACCCACAACCACGCCAUGGCUCAAGGCACCCAGUCGAUGGGGGGGUUCGUGUCGGUACCACACAACAUGAUGCAGGCCCGGGGGGCUGGUGCUUCUGCGAUGGGGAUGAUGCAGAACCAGGGGGCGGGUGCGUCCUCGAUGGGGCUGAUGCCGACCCAGGGGGCGGGGGCAUCUUCGAUGGGGAUGAUGCCGGCCCAGGGGGCGGGGGCGUCGUCGAUGGGGAUGAUGCCGACUCAGGGGGCGGGGGCGUCGUCAAUGGGGAUGGGUGCAUCCACACAGCGGAUGGAUGCACCCUCCCAAGGUGCCACCAACCCGAGUGGCUAUAUGCAUAUUUUCGGGCAACAGAACAGCGUCAAUCAGGGCAAUGGCUAUCAUCCCUUCCGAUUUAACUCGGUUGACGACAUUUCUGAGCAUGCCGGUCAAACACUUUGGUUUUGCGUCGAUCGCCGAACGGCCCGCCUCAAGGGGGACGCGUUAAGGGGGUCCUCGUUUUGCGAAGGAAAGUGCAGUGGUUUUGGUUUUUCUAUGAAGCGGGUGUGUCUUGUUCUUUUUUUUACGAGGGGGGAGGUGUUUUUUUAUUCUCGAUUUUGGCAGACGUAGAAGGGAGGCAGUAGACUACGAGAAAGAAAAAACAAGAGGUCGCCAAUGGCAGAUGGGGGCGGGGGGCGGGGGGGGGGGGGGGGGAGGGGCGUGUGGAGUCGGGGGGCGAUCUAUGUUUGCCGUGUACCCUCUCGUAUAUGAAAAAACAGCGCAGGUCAGCAUCCUGGUGGUACUGGUAGUGGUUGUUUGUCGUGGUUUCAUUUCGUGUGUGGGUACACGAUACAACGAGUGUAGAUCGUUCUAAUGGCAGGUGCCAAACGACCCUCGGCGUCGUUGCCUGUGUCGUUUUGUUUCAAGUAUGAUAUCUGCCCUCGUUGGCAUGACAGCAGGCAACAAACGACGUGUCAUGCAAGUAUGCAUCUGCAUAUGGUAGACCAGAGUGUAGUAUAGAGAAUUGCACACACUCUCACCAGCACACUUUCUGCUUCAUUUGACGAUUCAGCGUCAGGCACGUGUCUCUGUCUACGCUUGUGACCAGGU